GAAAUCUCCAUAAAUGUGAGAUUCCCUUAAAUGCUGGUGGAUUUUCAAAAGGAUUUUAAACAAGAAUUGCAAACUGAUGUGGAAAUGUGGAGAACUUGAUAUUGGAAAAAUUCACAAUUUCAGACUGGGAAAAUAAAAGCUAUGAGAAACCAAAACUGGCCGAUUCCGCCAUUCCUACCCAAAACCUUGGCAUGUGCCAGGCAGACUGACAUCCCAGGGCCAGGGUCUGAGGGGGUCUUCCUAGUGUGGCCUGUGGUGUGCAGUGAAUUCCCUUCUCUUUUUCCCUCUAGGAUGUGAGGAGGACCUUGCAGAGGUAUGAGAAAAGAGAGAGUCCAGCGAAGCCACUGCCUUUCCCUCCAGAGCUGAGGAACAGGAUCUUGGAAUCCUGUGAUCUAAAUCUCCUUGUGGAGGAUGCAAUGAAACAAUUUAAAGAUGCUGUGUUAUACAGAAAGCAGAUUCAGAAAGCAAAUGUCACUCUGGAUCCAGACACAGCCCAUCCUGAACUCAUCCUGUCGGAGGAUGGGAAAAGCGUGAUACAUGGAGACAAACCUCAAGCCCUGCCUGACAAUCCUGAGAGAUUCAGCCACGAGUUUUGUGUGUUGGGACGUGAGAGAUUCACAGCAGGCAGACAUUUCUGGGAAGUCACUGUGGAAAGUGGGGAAGAGUGGUUUGUGGGGGUUGCCAGGAAGUCUGUGAGGAGAAAGGACUAUUCUAACUUGACUCCUACAAGGGGGAUCUGGGCUGUGUGCCAUUUCGAAGGGAAGUACUGGGCCUGGACAUCCCUAUUUCCUUCUCUUCUGUCUCCGAGUGAGAAGCCCAGGAGGAUCCGGGUGACUCUGGACUAUGAAGGGGGACGUGUGUCUUUUUAUGACGCUGACUCAGGAGCCAAACUCUACACGUUCCCAGGAGCCUCGUUCUCCGGAGAGAUCCUCCUCCCUUACUUUCAUCUGAGGGGAAAUGAAACCCACCUCAGGAUCUCCUGAGGAGACUAAAUCUGCCUCUCAGGCCCAGCAGGAGUUUCUCUCCAGACCAGAGUGACUGA